CUUCGAGACAAUUCUCUACCUGGGAAUCCCAGAACCAUCGCUUUCUAGAAUUCAGUUUCCGCUGUAGCCUGCUGCCGAGGAGCCUCAAGAAACUUGGAUAGGAUGAAUUUUCAUCCUUACGACUACUAUGGCCACGGUGGUCCCGAUUUCCCACCAAACGAUCUAGGGUUUCACAUGGACGAACCACUUCUAGGUCCACCCAUACCUCCGCAACCCUCAGCGCAAGUGCCGCACGACCCUCUAGAUGCAAGACCGGGCGAGCAUUCAUGGCUUUAUGGGCAUCCCCAACCCAUCUACCGGCACGCUGGACCCGUACUCAAACCCCGCCGAGCACCGCUACCUCCACCGUACGCCGGCUACAAAGACUACGAUGCCUACGAGUCUGUGCCAAUAAACUUCGAGAGACAGCAGCAGAUGCAAAGAGCGGCGGAUCGGCCGCUUUCAUAUAGGAACUUGGGGAACAGUUUUGCGGUGCCCAAGGGGAGUCGGACGGCCAUGCAUCGGAUUUCGGCGAUGGCUACCACUGCGCGAGAUCCCGCGCAUUUGCAUCCGGCUGGGAAGAGGCUGAUGGAUGCUGCAAAGGCGGGUGGAGUGCAAAUCGGGAGGGCUCCGGUGACUGUUCAUGUUACAUCAGCGAACGGUGCUGCAUCGGGGAGGCCAGAGCGAGAGCGAGAGCGACACGAUGAUGCGCAUGGCGGAGGCAGGAAUGCCAGUGUAAAAGCCGAACAGAAAUCCAGUCAGGGAAGCACGAGAACCGAGACUCCUCCAGGCAAACCAAAUUCAGCAGCAGCAGCAGCAGCGCCAUCAAACGGACCGCCAAAAGCACCCACCCCCGCAACUCAAUACCCACUGUCCGUCCCAACAACCUGGAAACGCACCUUCGAAUCCACCCGCGUCCGCUGCCCCCAAGAAAGCGGGGUCGUCGCCCCCGUCGUCGAACUCGCAUCGCAGAUGCUCAACAGCCGCUGCGCACAGGUCAUCCCUGUAUUAGGCGGCGGAACGCGACAGAAGUUCACGAUGGUGAUCGAUUCCACCAUUUUGAAGAGAGGGGUCUUGAGCAGCCGCAGCGAUGAUGGCAUGACCUUGGCUAUGUAUCUGUUCAAAAUGGGACGAGGCACGAAUACGGGAGAGCUGGUCUCUGCGGACUUGAUGUUGGGCAAAAUGGUGGUUUGGGUCAAUGAUAUGCGGCUACUGCGCUCGAACACGACAACGGACGGAGUGCAAAUCGACCUGCUCCCAGCGCUCAGCCCGGAAACACUAGACCGAAAAACCGUCAAGAUCACAAUCGAGGCGGACCCGUACGAGUUCGGAUCCGGGUUUGCCAUGCUCUGCUUGCGGAGGCUGGAUCCUCAGCUCGUGCGCGCCGCGGACGGCCUGUCAGCCGAACCCUCCCUCCUCCGCCGCCACUCCGCCCCCGGCCCACCCUACCCCACCCCGGCCCUCGGAGCCAUAAAGCGCUCCACAUCAACCUUCUCCCCCUCCCCCAGCAUCAGCGUCGCAGAACCCCCCACAAUCAGCGAGAAACGACCGCGCCAGGGAAGCAGCGAGAAUGAAGAAGAAGACGAUGGAAUAGAAAUCGGUGACCAGAUCGUGUCCUUGAUAUGCCCGAUUGUGAUGCGCAAGAUUGGGAUUCCGGGGAAGGGGAGGGGGUGCCGGCAUGUUCAGUGUUUUGAUUUGGAGGUAGGGGGAUUGAAUUUGCGGGUUGUUUGGGGUGUGUGUUUUGUGUGAUUAGGUGCUGACUGUUUUUUUUUGGGGCGGGAUUGGUAGGCGUUCACGAAACUGUCCCGCUUGAGCCCGAAAUGGAAAUGCGCGGUGUGUAACGAGGUUAUUGAGAAAUCGGUACGUUUGAUAAAUCACAAUCAACCCCUGGCGCUA